GAACAAUGGCGGCCAAGCGGCUCUCCUAGGAUCGAUCUUGUCGUUUUAAAACCCGGUUAUUUUCCUUUUUUGAAGUCCUUAGGCACGGUCACAGUUAUCCAGGAAACUGAGCUUAGUUUUCGUGUUCUAUCCGGAUUUGGAACAUCCUGGUGGAGAGAAAAUGGCGAAGGUGAUAUAGAGGAGGUCUGGGAGGGAGCGAAGGCACGGGCUUCUGGGGGAGGAAUUUUCGUUCAUUUCUCAUCACGAAGGUUUCUCUGAGAUAUAUGCUACAUCAUGCCUCGGCUGGGCCUUGGCUAUGAUAUGGACCAGUUCCUGGACCAUUGUCGUAUGACAAAACCUCCAUAUGAAUGCCCGCAUGCAUCAUGUGGCAAAAUUUACCGCAGUCUAGCAGGUAUUCAGCACCACAUGAACACAUAUGACCAUGAGAAUCCCCCUCCAAAUGUGGUCACUCCAAAAUCAGCCCGGAAGAAAAACAUGAAGCGACCCCCAUCCCCUGUAGCAAGCCAGGAUCCAGAGCCACCUUCAAUACCAUACUCACAUGACAUGAAAACUGUUGAGUUUGAGGUUGAUGGAAAAUUGACUCGAUUAUCUGUCUAUGACCCAAUAGAAAUUUUAUCAAAGCACGAUUUUCCAUUUUGUGAUCAGGAGGAUUAUGAAGCCUCAAUGCCUCCAGUCGUAGAGGAGCCCCCACCUCAGGAGCAAGCACGCACACCGACUAUCAAGCCCUUGCCCAAGACACCAACAUCUAAAUCGUCUCUAUCAAAAACUCCAGUGCAGAAAACUCCUCUCCAGAAACCACCAAAAGCUCGUACAGGUGAUAAAGAUCGAGGUGUAGAUGUUCAACGGUACACAAUAGAAGAGAAGAAGAGCAAUAAACUCCCAGAAGCAUCAUUUUCAGUCAUAGAGGAUUAUUACAAAAAUCUUCCUGAUGCUCCUCCACAACCAUCCAACUAUCAUAGAUUUAUAGAGAAAAGUCUUGAAGAAUUAGAUGAAGAAGUGGAGUAUGACAUGGAUGAGGAAGACAGAGCAUGGUUGCAGAAAAUGAAUGAGAAGCGAGCUGUUGAUGAACUGCCACCAGUGGAAAUGGAAACCUUUGAAUUACUUAUGGAUCGUUUAGAAAAGGAAUCUUUCUUCCAGGCUCAGUCAACUGGCAGAGAUUCUGGUGUGCCAAUAGAUGAGGAUGCUGUAUGCUGUAUUUGUAUGGAUGGAGAGUGUCAGAACAGUAAUGUUAUCCUAUUCUGUGAUAUGUGCAACUUAGCUGUGCAUCAGGAGUGCUAUGGAGUUCCUUACAUCCCAGAGGGACAAUGGCUGUGCAGGCGGUGCUUACAAUCUCCAUCAAGGGCUGUGGACUGUGCCCUUUGUCCUAACAAGGGUGGAGCAUUUAAGCAGACAGAUGAUGCUCGCUGGGCUCAUGUUGUUUGUGCCAUGUGGAUUCCUGAAGUUUGUUUUGCCAAUACUGUUUUCCUUGAGCCAAUAGACAGUAUUGGUAAUAUACCUCCUGCUCGCUGGAAACUCACAUGCUAUAUAUGCAAGCAGAGAGGAGUGGGUGCUUGUAUCCAGUGUAAUAAAGUAAACUGCUAUACAGCUUUCCAUGUGACCUGUGCUCAACAAGCAGGACUGCAUAUGAAGAUUGAUGCAGUGAGAGAGACAAGUGUGAAUGGCACUUCAGUUACUGUGCGUAAAGCAGCUUACUGUGAUAUGCACACCCCAGCUGACUCAGAUGCGCUCGAUGAGAUUAUGGACUCGGCCAAGAAAGCAGCGGCAAAAGCGGCAUCCCGACAGAAAAUGAAGAAAGCUCGUAAAAUUUUGGCUGAGAAACGUUCUGCUGCUCCAAUUGUUUCAGUUCCCACAAUACCAGCUGAUCGUCCCAUACUCCCUACCUAUUGUGGUGUUGUCAACUCUGUGCCCAUCCUACCCAGUGAAAAUAUUCAGAAAUUGGCAUCCUUGGUCAGUAUGCCCAAAAGGUCACAGUUCAUGCACCGCCUCUUAGCCUUCUGGACAUUGAAGCGGCAGUCGAGAAAUGGUGUUCCGCUGCUGAGACGGCUCACGACCUCGCAUUCCCGACGUAGCAAUCGCUCUCCUGAGGAGAAGAGCACAGAGUACAAGGAUAAGGAGAAAAUUCUCAGUGAGGCAGAGAGGCGCAGAGAAGAAAUCAAGUAUUGGCAGAGGUUACGUCAGGAUCUGGAAAAAGCAAGGCUGCUAUGUGAACUAAUUAGAAAGAGGGAAAAAACCAAGAGAGAGCUAGUCAAGGCAAAAGCUGAGGAGAAGCAGGUGCAGUUGGCUCCUCUAGUGCAUCUGCUACUACAGACCAUUGAUAUAAUUCAAGAGAAAGAUCAACAAAUGAUAUUUGCUGAACCAGUUGACUUUGAUGAGGUUCUUGAUUAUCUUGAUGUAGUAAAACAUCCCAUGGAUCUUUCCACCAUGAGACAGAAGGCUGAGACGCAUCAAUACCGCACAAUUGAUCAAUUUGCAAGUGACUUUGAGCUGAUGAUUGACAACUGUCUCACCUAUAAUGCAAAAGAAACCAUUUUCUAUAGAACAGCUGUUAAGCUGCGAGACCAGGGUGGUGCUAUCAUACGUCAACUCCGAAGAAAUGUUGAGAACAUUGGAUUUGAUAUGGAAACUGGGUUGUUACUACCACACCGACCCAAACCUUUGCCAGAGUACUCAGAUAAUAAGAUUAUCAAGGAAGUCGAUGAUGCCCUGGUUGCUGAUGGUGAUGAUUCAGCAAGUCUAGAAGAUCGAGAGAAAGCACUUCUUGAGCUCCUAGAUAAAGCAAACAUGAUUCGACAUCAUGUAGCACGUAUUAAGCGUGUAAAACUCAUCAGACGAGAGAUUGGGAUAGUGCGCAGGAAACUGGCAAUGAAUCAUUCAGGAAAUAGUCAUUACAAAGCUAGUGUAACAUACUAUGACAGCGAUGACGACAGUGAUAAGGAUGAUUCCGAUAUAGAUAAUAGCUCAGUCAUUGAUGAUGAGGCCGAACCUGGUGAGCCAAGCAGACCAAGCACACCACCUCCACUCUCAUCAAAAAUGGUUAGUGUCCACCUGUCCCACACCCCUAAGACACCAUUGAGCGGGAGAAAGUUGUCUCUGUCGUCACCUAUGACCACUCCUGUGCAGCGAGGUCGUCAGCGCAAGACAGGGUUCAGAGGCACGCCAAAGGAUGACAACAAACAGAAGCGCAUUGACUCCUUCUUUGAGCGAAUCAAUAAGACCUCUCAGAGAGAAUCAGAUCAUCCUGAUCAUGCAGCCACACUUGCAGAUGAGAGUAAAGCAACAAAACCAGAGAAAGAAGAUUCUGCUCAGGAGACUCCCAAGAAGCGUGGUCCUGGACGCCCUCCUAAGCGUCUCAGAACUCUGUCAGGUCCAUCUGCAAGUCCCCCAGCCAAAAAGCAAGUAGAGAGUGACUCAACAGAGCCUGUGACGCCAACCAAAGAAAGCAGUGAAGAUGGACCAGAGGAAGAACCCCCUUCGGUACCUAGCUCUCCAUCUGGUGUGAAUCGUCGUACGUCAGUACUCUUCACGAAGAAAGCUGGGGCACUGUUUAAGAAGCCAGACAGUUCAUCUCCCCAAAAGCGCAUAUCACGCCAGCGACGAGCAUCAGAGAGCACACAGGGCACCAAUAGUGAUGUUGACAUUCAAUCACCAGAAAAGACACCCAAGUCAGCAAACAAGAAAAAGGGACAUCUAAUGAACACAGGGUUGACUAAUGGAGUAAGUGUUGACUCCGGUGUUAUUUGCCAUCAGAACACAAAGUCGGGCUCCUCCCUGUCCUUCCCUGAAAACAUCUCAAUCUUAGAUCUCUCAGACAGUGGGACACCUCCAUCCAAGGAUUCCUUCAAGAUGUAUCGACAGGGAGGAGAGAUACCCCCAGAGACUGAUGAGGAUACCCACUCUGAAUCUAACUCCAGCCUGACAGACACAGAGGAUGACACUGCCUCAGACUCGGAUUCAGAAGGUGUUGGUAGCGAGUCUGACUCAAGUGUGGCAGUUGAUUCACCUGGGUCAGGUCACACUGGAGACCAGAUUCCUCUAGAACCUCUUGACCUUGUGUGGGCUAAGUGUCGGGGUUACCCUUGGUAUCCUGCUCUGAUCAUCAAUCCCAAGAUGCCUAAAACAGGAUACUUCCACAAUGGUGUUCCAAUUCCAGUACCUCCAGAUGAUGUUUUAGCAUUGGCUAAUAAUUACCCCUCACCAAUGUACUUAGUGUUGUUCUUUGAUAAUAAACGCACCUGGCAAUGGCUGCCUCGUAACAAGUUAGAGCCCCUAGGAGUGGACUCAACUUUGGAUAAAGCCAAACUUGUGGAAUCACGUAAACCGGCUGAAAGGAAAGCUGUGAAGAAGGCAUAUGAAAAGGCUAUCUUACAUCGAUGCAGGGUGACAGGAGAAAACACAGGACUCAGUGGGGAAUCAGAGAAUGAGGAAGCAAGUUGAAGCAAGAUGGCUGUAAUUGUAUGAUGAUAUGAGUGUGUUUGGCUAUAUGCCUAUGGUAUGACUGUCUAUCUGCAAGUUUGUUGUGCACAUGUGCUUGUCAUUGUCUGCUGUAUGUAUCUGAGAUAAGGAGACAAUUUGUAAAUAACAGUUAUUGAAGAAAGGAAAAUCUUAUAUUUGAAUUUAAACUGGUCUUGUUCUUCUAGAUAAAUUGGUGGGUAGGAAGUGCAGGAUUAGGAUAUGGAGAGUGACGUGUAUUUAAAGAAAAAUUGCACACAUUUGCAUUCUUCUUCCAAAUAAAAGAUAGAUGUUUAUAGAGUAGACUUAGUGCCAUUAUACAGUUUUUUUUUUAUAUAUAAUUAUUUAUUUUUAAUUCAAUUAGAUCUUGAUAUCUCGGAUUACUAUAAAUCAGCAAUCAAAGGACAUUGUGACCAAUAAAAGAAAGUUUCUCUAAACUUAUUUGUUAGUACUGUGUGAAAAUGGAAACACGUGGGUUACCAUUCCAGGACAAUAGCAGGUUUAGCAGAGAAAAAUAUAUUCAGUGUAUUGUUGAAUAUUGAGAUUGGUUAGUUAUAUUUCCAAUAAAGGUGUGUAUUAUAGUUCAUAGUUUUAAAUCACAGUAAUCACUAGUCAUUUAGAUUACGGUAACAGAAGAAUCAUGUUUAACAUUUUAUUUUUGUGUGUGGAAAAAUUGAUCAAUUCCUUAAGUAGGGAACAAGAAUGGUUAAGGAACCACAGCUUUAUUUUAAAGACAGUAUCUUAAUAAACAAAGAGGGCGUAUCUAUCAUUAUGUAAAUUAUUAUUAUUGUAGGAAUAUCCUUUUAACCUACAGUAGUGAUGACAGUACUGGAACAGUUGACAUGCCAUUCUAUAUUUGAUUUAUUUUUAGAUAAUGUCUCGAGGAGAGGCAACAGUAGAUUAAGCUCAUUUUAGUAGCACCAAUAAUUUAGUCAUUUAAUGUGAAGAAGUAACAGUUUGUUAUAGACAUGGUAUGGAUUUAUGAUACUGCCUUAGACGUGGUGUUGAGGAACCUGUAGCUAGGAUAAACCAGUUAUGGAGUAAUUCAUUCAUUCCAUUAGAUAAUUAUGGCUAUGGCUUCCAAGAAAAAGUGGAAAAUAAGAAAGGCAACUCUUAGCUGUUACUGUCAAUCUGUGGAUAGAUUUUCUCUUGCGGUGUACUUCACUUUUGAAUCACUCAUUCCAAUUUCGACGCUUAUUUUUAUUCCUGAUUUUUGCCUUUCAACAGCUACUGGAGGAUCUCGAUAUUUGUAUAUUUUUUAUGAUGUAUCAUUUCAUUUUUAGCUGCUUUUUGGUUAUGGAUGUUAAGGGUAUUUUUUUGUACAUAAUGAAUGAGUCUGAAUAAAUGAGAAAUUAUUUAGUCUAUAAUUCAGAAAAAUUGUUUUAUGAUGACUCAUACAAAUGAAAUUUUGGAUAUGAUUUGUUGGGAAUCACUGCAUCAUACUUUCAGCAUUAGAACAUUAUUGUCUUUAUGUAAAAAUGUUAUUGAAAUGCUGUAUUAUCUAAGAACUUCAAUGGUUUAUUUGUCAUUAUGGAAAAAAUCAUGGUAAUUGCAUAACAUUUUACUAGUACAAAGGCAAUUAUUGAAUUGUUCAUCUUCAUUACAAACAUAUACAUUAAAUUGUUACCUAGUCACACCUCAUGCUGGGCGCUGUUUAUGGUAGGAGUUCCAUCUUGAUUCCUACCUUUGUUACUUGUGAUUUUAAUUAAUCUGAAAAAUACACAUUAAAGGUACGUAUUGGAGUAUUUUCAUGAGUUGUGCCUUUUCAAGACUUGCCAUCAUCAUAUAAAUCUGCCACAGGAGAGUUCUAGUUGGCAUUUUUCCUGAUGUCUCCCUUGUCAUUUUUUUGAAAAAGUAAUAACAGUGGGUUCGAUCAAACCCAGAUCAUUUAUUUUUGUCAUUGAUAUAAUUAAUAGCUAGGAUUUUAGGAGAAGGAAUAAACAACAACAAAGGGUGUUUGAAUUCUGUUUAUUAUUUUAUUUUGUCAUCGAUCAAUUGAUAUUGAUAUUUCAGAGGAAUAAUAAUUAUUUAAAUGUUUACUAACAGUAAUGUGCAUUUUAUUAGUAAUAUUGUUCAAUUUAGGUGCUGACACACAAGCAAAAUGCAUACCAUACUGUGCAUGUUUAUAGACAUCUAAGUUGGUGUGUACCUUGUUUGUUUAUUCUGAGGUGAAUUGUUUAUGUAAAGCUCAGGUUAUGGAUUGAUUUUUAGUCAAAUCUGUAAAUUUGAAGAUGUGAAAGUAUAUAACAUUUAAAAAGAAAGAAUCUUUAAAUUUUAAAAACAUUGAUAGUCUUGCAUUAUUAGUAGCAUAGUUCAGGAAUUUGAAGAAAGUUUUAAAAAUUGUGAUAGUAUUUAUAUUUGCUGUUUUUGUCUCAUUUUUUGUAUACUUUGUGGUUUAUUUUUUACUCAAAAUUAACUGCUUCAUGGUAUAAUUAAUCAGUCUCUUGGUUUGCCUUCUUUAGAUUAGUAAUGCUCAAAUAUUAUUACAUAGCACAAAGUACAGAUAUUUCACUGCCUAACAUUGUUUAAAAUAUAAAAGGUUAAGCAUAUACUGCUAUUAUGGGAUGGAGUAUUUUAAAUGUGUUCAUUACAAUACAAAUUAAAUACCUCUUUAGGCUCUUUCUCGGGUGAACCUACCUAGGUGUCAGUACAAGAUCAAGAUUUUUCAUUAUAUAAGAAGGAUCUUAAACAUUACCAUGCGUUUGAUGGGGAAAUGUUCAUUAACUAGUUUUUACCUUGAUUUUAGUACACCAGCCUUGUAUGUAUUAUGAACCUUGCAAUAAUUAUUUUUUAUUCAUGGGGAAAGGUUAAUUUGAAACAGCCAUUAUUUGAAAUUAUUUUCAAAUGAAAUUAUUAGUUUAAUAAUUAUGAAAGCAUCAACACUGCCAAAGCCCUUGUAAUAUUGAUCAUUUCAGUUGUACAUUUGCUGUUAUGUAAUAUAAAAUAUUUAACAUGUCAAAAAGAAUAUACUAAUGAUGACAAAAAUUAAGAAGUUAUCAACAUGCUUAUGGAAAAAAUCACAUGCAAAGUUAUAUUUUGGUUAUUUUUUGUAAGAUGAAGUCAUGAGAACUCCCAAACACCAUAACUCAAAGGGAUUGCAGUGUUUUGUAGUAGCUAUCGAUAUUAUAAUGCGAACCUUAUUAGGAAAGGCUGAAAUAUCCUUCCAGAUUCUUAAUAUUGGGGAACCAUUUCUUUUUUAUUCUAGACAUCCAGGUACAUAGUUGUAUCAACAAAGGUGAUCCAGCUUUUGCAAAUGUCAUUGAUGUGUUCGGCUUUCAAUAUUUUAUCUUUUUUAGGAACCAUUUCAGUAAAUAUGCCUUAUGAUGUAUACGAUAUACAUGCAAGAAUACUGCUUCCAAAAUUAAGUUAAUGGUAUGAUAAUCAGAUUAAUUCUCAGAGUGAUUAUAAAUUGGUCAGUUGUAUUAGUGUAAGCAAAUGAAUAUUUUUGUAAGUUGGUAAUGACUUAGGUUGUAUGGUGUUAUUUUACACACAAGUGAUUUUUUUGCCUUUUCUUUUACUUGUUUGGAUGUCAAGAACUCGAUACCGUUUUUUUAUUUUUUAUUUAAUGGAGUCUGAUUUUAGAGAUUUGGUUUAUUUUGAUAUUCAGCAUAAGUAUAUUUAUCCUUGCUUCUUAGACUGACCGCAUAUUUAUAAGGUGCUUUUUGAGAAUAUAUGUCCAUGAAAAUCAAA